CCCCUCAACAAUAUCAACUCACAAAGCAAAAACAAAAGCCAACCCACCCUUUUGACCUCUCUCAUCUCCCUCCCUCUCCCUCUCUUAGCUUUGAAGUAGUCAACUAUGGAAUCUCCAUUGGAGAAGAUGGAGAUGGAGAGGAGGAAGAAGAAGGUGAGCUUUGGCACGAUACUGAGGUAUGCUGAUUGGGCAGAUGUGGUGUUGAUGGUGAUGGGGACGGUUGGGGCAAUUGGAGAUGGGAUGUCUACAAACAUCUUGCUUGUCUUCGCCAGCCGCCUUAUGAACAGCCUGGGAUAUGGUCAGAACCAAGCAGAUCGAAGCAGCUUCAUGGCUGAAGUCGAAAAGUGCAGCUUAUCAUUUGUGUACUUGGGACUGGCAGUCAUGGUGGUGGCAUUCAUGGAGGGUUAUUGUUGGAGCAAAACAAGUGAGAGGCAAGUGCUGAAGAUCAGGUACAAGUACCUGGAGUCGAUUCUGAGGCAGGAAGUUGGCUUCUUUGAUUCACAGGAAGCCACCACUUCUGAGGUCAUCAACAGCAUCUCCAAGGACACUUCCCUCUUUCAGGAAGUCCUCAGUGAAAAGGUACCAACAUUCCUGAUGCACACUUCGGUGUUCAUCUCCGGCCUCGCCUUCGCCGCCUACUUCUCGUGGCGGCUGGCCGUCGUCGCCUUCCCGACGCUCCUCCUCCUCAUCAUCCCCGGUCUCAUCUACGGCAAGUACCUCAUCUUCCUCUCACGAAAAUCCACCGCCGAGUACGCCGCGGCCAACGGCGUCGUCGCGCAGGCCCUGGGAUCCAUCAAGACCGUCUACUCCUUCACCGCCGAGAGGCGGAUCGCCGACGGCUACUCCGCCAUCCUCGAGCGGACCAUGAGGCUCGGGAUCCGGCAAGGGAUCGCGAAAGGGCUCGCCGUCGGCAGCAUGGGCUUGUCUUUCGCGAUAUGGGCGUUCAUCGCUUGGUACGGCAGCCGGCUGGUGAUGUAUAAAGGAGAGAGCGGCGGCCGGAUCUACGCCGCCGGCAUUUCCUUCAUCUUGAGCGGACUGUCUCUGGGAAUCGCGCUCCCCGAUCUGAAGUACUUCACGGAAGCUUCGGUCGCCGCCGGGAGAAUCUUCAGCCGGAUCGACCGAGUUCCGGAGAUCGACUCCGAAGGCACCAAGGGGCUCGUCCUCGACAAAAUCCGCGGCGAAAUUCAAUUCGACCGCGUCAGCUUCACUUACCCUUCGCGCCCCGACGCCGCUGUGCUCACCGACUUCAACCUCCGCGUCGAUGCGGGAAGGACCGUCGCCCUCGUCGGUGCCAGCGGGAGCGGCAAAUCCACCGCGAUCGCCCUGCUCCAGCGGUUCUACGAUGUCACCGGCGGGGCGGUGAAGGUAGACGGCGUCGACAUCAGGACGCAGAACUUGAAAUGGAUGAGAGGGCAGAUGGGUUUGGUCAGUCAGGAGCACGCCCUUUUCGGGACGUCGAUCAAGGAGAACAUCAUGUUCGGGAAGCUCGACGCAUCGAUGAACGAGGUGGUGGCCGCGGCCACGGCGGCUAAUGCUCACGGUUUCAUCAGGCAGCUUCCUGAGGGAUACGAAACCAAGGUUGGUGAGAGAGGGGCGCUUCUCUCAGGUGGGCAGAAGCAGAGGAUUGCAAUUGCGAGAGCUAUCAUAAAGAACCCGGUGAUUCUGUUGCUCGAUGAAGCGACGAGCGCCCUCGAUUCGGAGUCCGAAAAAGUGGUUCAAGAUGCUCUGGAUCAAGCCUGCAUGGGAAGAACGACACUGGUUAGUGGUGACAUUUUACAGUUCCUUUCCCUUCUGCGUAUGGUUUCACUUUUAGAGAUGAAUGCAGUGGUUAGCAACGGUUCUGUAAUCGAAACAGGCUCACACAAUGACCUCAUCAACACAACAAAUGGCCACUAUGCAAAACUCGCAAAAAUGCAGAGGCAAUUCAGCUGCGAUGAACAGAACCCCGAUACUCGUGUUUCUUCAGUCACAAGAAGCAGCGCUGGUCGGCUUAGCACAGGGAAAUCAAGUCCAGCAUUCUUUGCUUCGCCGUUACCAGCAAUUGACAGUCCGAAACCUGUGUUGUCUCACCCACCACCUUCAUUCUCUCGGCUACUCUGUUUGAAUUUGCCAGAAUGGAAGCAAGCCCUGAUGGGAAGCCUCUCGGCGGUAGCCUUUGGAGGCGUUCAGCCUUUCUACGCCUUGACAGUUGGUGGAAUGAUUUCGGCUUUCUUUGCACCAAGCCAUGAGGAAGUGAAUGCUAGAAUUCGAACGUACUCCUUGAUAUUUUGUUCACUUUCUCUAGUUUCCAUCAUCCUGAACCUUGUGCAGCACUACAAUUUUGCGUAUAUGGGAGAGAGGCUUACAAAGAGAAUCCGGCUGAGGAUGUUAGAAAAGAUCCUGACUUUUGAGGCUGCUUGGUUCGAUGAAGAGCAGAACUCAAGUGGAGCAUUAUGUUCUCGACUAAGCAACGAGGCCUCCAUUGUUAAAUCCCUAGUUGCAGAUAGAGUCUCUCUCCUAGUACAAACCACUUCAGCUGUCACCAUUGCCAUGAUCAUGGGACUAGUGGUGGCUUGGAAGCUUGCACUCGUGAUGAUUGCGGUCCAGCCACUCACAAUUCUAUGUUUCUACACCCGCAAAGUUCUUCUCUCCACCAUCUCGACAAAGUUCGUCAAGGCUCAGAAUCAAAGCACCCAAAUUGCUGUGGAAGCAGUUUAUAAUCACAGAAUUGUUACCUCAUUUGGAAGUGUGGGGAAGGUGCUCGAACUUUUUGAUCAAGCUCAGGAGGAGCCGAGGAGGGAGGCAAGGAAGAAAUCAUGGAUGGCUGGAUUCGGAAUGGGUUCAGCUCAGUGUCUAACUUUCAUGUCCUGGGCUCUUGACUUCUGGUAUGGAGGGACGCUGGUGGAGAAGGGAGAGAUAUCAGCAGGAGCUGUGUUCAAAACGUUCUUCAUCCUUGUAAGUACUGGAAAAGUCAUAGCCGAAGCUGGAAGCAUGACCUCUGAUCUAGCCAAGGGUUCAGCAGCUGUCGCUUCAGUGUUCAAGAUACUGGAUAGGCAAUCCUUGAUUCGCAAUGAGAGCGACGGAACCAAGCUGGAAAAGAUCACGGGAAAAAUAGAGAUGAAGAGGGUUGAUUUUGCAUAUCCAGGAAGGCCAGAGAUAUUGGUGCUUAACCAAUUCAGCCUGGAAGUAAAGCCUAGCACUAGCAUUGGUCUAGUAGGGAAGAGUGGAUGUGGGAAAUCGACUGUGAUUGGAUUGAUCCAAAGGUUCUAUGAUGUCGAGAAAGGGUCAGUAAAGGUCGAUGGAGUUGACAUUAGAGUCCUGGACAUCCAAUGGUACAGGAGGCACACCGCCCUUGUGAGCCAAGAACCAGUGAUCUACUCGGGCAGUAUUCGAGAUAACAUAGUGUUUGGUAAGCCUGAUGCAUCCGAGAAUGAGGUGGUGGAGGCUGCAAGAGCUGCCAAUGCUCACGAAUUCAUCUCGUCGUUGAAAGAAGGCUACGAGACCGAAUGUGGCGAGAGAGGGGUGCAACUGUCUGGAGGCCAAAAGCAGAGAAUAGCAAUUGCAAGGGCCAUAAUUCGCAACCCCACAAUCCUACUUCUCGACGAGGCAACGAGCGCUCUUGAUGUGCAAUCGGAGCAAGUGGUGCAAGAAGCACUGGACAGGAUCAUGGUGGGAAGAACAACAAUUGUGGUGGCUCAUAGGCUGAACACGAUCAAGAACCUGGAUUCGAUUGCCUUUGUUGCUGAUGGGAAAGUGGUGGAGCGCGGAACCUAUGCUCAGUUAAAGAACAAGAAAGGUGCUUUCUUUAACCUCGCCAGCCUCCAAAACUAG